CCUCCUUGCAAUCCCUGCAUAUUCAGCAAAAUUCGUCUUCUUCAUUUUCUGCUCUGUAGACAACCCCCACAAUGGCCUCUUGUCGCGGCGUCCACCGUACAACCACCCAAUUUUCCAAAGCCCUCCUCCGCAGCUUCUCUACCACCAGCAAACCCUCGCACCGCAACAACCACCAACACACACACGAGUUCCUGGAGCCCACCGCCUACGUGGGCAGCUGGUGGCAUUCCGACCCCCCCAAGGACCCCAAGGACGCCGAGCGCAGGCUCGCCCUGCUCCGCCGUGACUACGCCAAGCAGGUGAAGCAGCGCCGCAAGCAGUACAUCCUGGAGGUGGAGCUCAUGCGCCUCGAGCUGCAGCGCAAGGACGAUGCCAGGAGAGAGGCCCUCAGGCUCGCUAAUGAGGAAAAGAAAAAGCUCAAGGCCGAGGCCGCCAAGGUCCGUGCCCAGGAGCGCAAGGUCGCCCUCGAAGAGUUCCGCCAAACCCUAUUGAAAGAAAGAGCUGAGAAGCUUGAAAAUUGGAGGAUGAAAGAAAAAAGGAGGGAAGAGAAUAAGAAAGAGGGGAGUGAGCUGCUACGCCGGAAAAGUUCUUUGUGGAUUGAUGAACCUGAAUUGGAGAAGAAGAUACUGGAGGCUAUUGUUGAUACCAUACCCCUCUAAGUCUCUUUCAGUUGCAGAAUUUGUAUUUGAAUUUGAAUUUGAAUUGGCUACGUUUCUCAUGUAUUCGAAUUUAGGCUCAAAACAAUCAAGGCUGUGUCCAUUUUUUAAUAGAUGUUGAGGCAUUGAAGCAAUUUGAGAUGUUUUGCCUGAUCA